AUGUUGCCAGCUGCGAGAGACAUCUCUAUAAAAAACAAAAACGAAGAAGCACAAUCCACACAAAUUGUAAAUCAAAAAGAAGUAUCUCUGUUUGCAAGAAGAUGGCUGAAUAGAAAAUCGUUCUAUGAUUUACGGCUCCGACGCUCUGCUCUUCUCCACUUGCACUUGUCCAGAUAUCGUUCACGACUAGCUGUAAUCCAGAGCUUGUUUGCGGCGCUUCUGAUACUGUUGAGCGUUAUUCCGUAUGCACACGUCGCUGUGUAUACACAGGUCCCUGCCUCGCUCCUCGUCGAAGCAGCUAGCGCUCCCCAGUCACAAGCUCCAGUACCAGCAACUAGUCCCGCACCACCAGCACCUUCUCCUUCACCCAGACAAGAGGAGCAGAGCCAAGCCGCUCCUGUACAAGUCGAAGAGGAAGGGUUUGUUGAGACGGUGCUUUGGCUAUUAUUAGUGAUAGGUGUCGGAUUGAGUACAACGAUGUUUGUCCGAUGGGCGUAUCAAGAUGGGGCUGCCCGCACACAUGAGCGAUUCUUGCUGAUGCAUGCAGAAGUAAUGCGCUUGGCACGAGAACGUGGUAUUCGACAGGAGUUCUUCCGUGAUGAAGCAGUAUCAUGACGGCUCUUAUGCUGAUGUUUCUUUCUGAUUGCGAGGGUACGACAUUGCCUCAACAACAGCUAGGGAAGAGCAAGAUGAAAAGUGUUUUGUUCAACAUUUUGACAUUGUUUUAUUUGAAUUUGUCCACACUCAUUCUGAAGUGCACUUGCACAUGCUUGCUUCCUUACACAAGCACUGUUAAUAGAAGAGCUUCGCGAGAACCAGAGGCGCGCACGGAGCUUUCUGGGCUUCAUUGCCCUCCAUCUGUGUCCAAGAAAUCGAAACAAAAUGGAAUCACA